GAGGGGAGAGAAGAGAGGAAGAGGCAGGGAAAGGAGGAGGGGAGAGAAGAGAGGAAGAGGAGGGAGAAGUAUUGGAUUUGAGCUUGCCUAAAAAGAGAGAGAUCAAGGAGAGGAGCCUUUGGCAUGAGAGCUCACUGCUUAUGGAGGUAGAUGAGGUAGAGGGGGAUGGAGAUAGGGACAUAGUAGAGGAAGAUGAUGGUGAUGAUGAAGAGGAUUCUAUAUUGAGAGGGGAUGGAGCUGACAUUUUUUGGGGACCUCUCCUGUCUCCCUCGUUCUUCUCUACCUCCGUUUUCACCUCCCUCUCUUCCAUAGACUGUGACAGUGAAGGUCUUCUCCUGAUAGAUGACCAGGGUAUUCCAUACACACUCACCCCUGAAGGGCACAAAGUGCCCCAAAUAGACUCUUCCAGGCCAGACAACCCCCCCUCAAGCCAGCCAAUGGUGCAGUCCAGCUCAUUGGCGGUAGAGGAUGACAGGUCGUCUCAUAUAACCACAGCAGGGGUCACUUACCUCAGCCAAAGUUUAGUAAAAACUCCACACACUCACAAGAAAAACACAUGUCCCGCUCCUGUUACGUCUAUGAAACCCUCACAGAAGUCAGAACUUAUCAAAAAUAUAGAACACUCAAAGAACCCAGAACUCUUACAGAAUGUGGAACCCCCUAAGGUUCUAGAUUCAGGUGUGAAAGCUGUUAGCGAGGCUAGUGCUGCUGUUUCCCAACCUUCUAGUUCUGCUGUACCCCUCCAACCCCCUCAGCCCAUCCAGAUCCUGACUAACCCCUCCUCCAACACCCCCAUCCUCCUCUUCCCCUCCUCCCCCCAGCUCUCCUCCACUACCCUAACCAAGACUGAUACCAACCCAGGCCUCCUGUCCUUCUCUCUCCCCCUCUCCCUCACCCAGAACUCCCCCAGCACCUCCACCUCUAUGUUCCUCCUCCUCUCCUCCUCCACUACCUCUUCCUCCGGUCAGUCUUUCUCUACCUCCACACCCAUCGCUCUCAUUGACCCCUCCACCGGUCAGCUCUCCCAAAUCACUGCCUCCUCUUCAUGCUCUCUUUCUCUUUCAUCCUCUCUUUCUCUCUCUCUCUCUUCUGGUCAGAUCGCCACAUCAAGGUCAUCCCUCCCUUCCAAUCCCUCCCACCCAGUUAUUAGAUUGACACCCAACAACUCCCCUACCAUCCUAUCAAGAGAGAGUCCCAGCGUUAACCCUCCCACCCCCCUGACCUCCCCCUCUGUGGUCUCCUCCCUUCCCUACAAGCAGUCCAGUGCUGAUGGCAGUUCUAAAGCAGUUCCACUCAGCUCACCUCCUCACAAACACACUGAACCAAACUGUUGUGACCCCAACCCUGAUCAUCAGUUACUAUCUACUGAAGAAACUCAAAUGGAGUCUGUUCCAAAUGGGUCAUCUCCUACUAAAGCCCCUCCCCUUACACACCCGCAAUCCCCUUCUCUGUCCUUUGACUUCAGUUUGGAGGCAUCCGACCAAUCAAAAGCCCCAGAGUCAAAGCACACCUCCCUCCCAUGGGACGACCAUCUCUACUUCUCCUCCUCCACCGCUCCUCCCUCCCCUCCCCUCGCCCCCAUCUUCCCCUCCAGCGGACCCGGUAACCUGGACCCCCUGGAUCCUCUGGACCCCCUGUCCCCAGCCUCCUCUCCAUCCUCUGGGCCACGAAGGGUCCUCUACUGCCCUCUCUGCCCCAGGAUCUUCUACUACCUGUCUGACUUGGAGCGUCACUCCAUCACCCACUCUCAGAACAAGCCCCAUGUCUGCCUGCAGUGUGGCAAGGCCUUCAAACGCUCCAGCCAUCUGCAGAGACACAAGCACAUUCACACGGGCGAGAGGAACUUUGUGUGCCCCAUCUGCUCCAAGCGCUUCAGGGAGGCGGGCGAGCUGCAGCGCCAUCAGAGGGUACACACAGGAGAGAAGCCCUACCAGUGCCCGCUGUGCCACACACGCUUCGCCGAGCGCAACACCCUGCGUCGACACACCAAACGCAAACACCCUUACCACCAGGCAGCUAUGGAGAUGCUGACAGAGAGAGGAGGAGGAGGGGGAGGAGGGGAUGAAGAUGAGGGUACAGAAGAGUGGUAUAGUUCCAAUGUGUCCAACUUGGACAACUCUGACUCUGAACCAGAUUCUGAGGUCAUUUCCUGAUGCUGAUCCUCUUGAAUAAAGGGAAGGAGAAGAGGAGGAGGAGGAGGAGGAGGAGGAAAGGAGGAGGAGG